UUUAUACCAUCACAAACUGAUCUUUGAAUCAUACGUAUGUGAUAAUACAUGGUCUGGAUCAAAAUACAGAAUACCAUUUCAGAGUUUAUUCCAAGAUUUACUACAGUGACCGCAUCAAUAAGACUAACUGGAGAUACAAUGAGAAGAAAAUUAAAACCAAAGGAAUUCCUUCGGAAGUCAGGAACAUUAAAAUUGUAAAGAGAACUGAGACUACAAUAACGCUUCAUUGGCAACGGCCACAGAUGUGGUACCAAGAUGUCGUUUAUGAAAUCGUAUGCAAUAAAUGUCCAUCGAGCAGUUAUAGUGCACUAUGUGAAGAGCCGUGUGGGAGAUCAGUCACGUUUAUACCAUCACAAACUGAUCUGAAGCAUACGUAUGUGAUAAUACAUGGUCUGGAUCAAAAUACAGAAUACUAUUUCCGAAUUUAUUCCAAGAAUUACUACAGUGACCGCAUCAAUAAGACUAACUGGAAAUACAAUGAGAAGAAAAUUAAAACCAAAGAAGACGUCGCCUAUAGCAAGUCGAAGACGCCAGAAAUAAUUGCAACUGCAGUUGGAGUUGGAGUAAUAAUUUUCUUGUUAGUUAUCUUUGUGGUUGUAAUACUAUGUCGUCGAAGACAAUCGGCUAGCGCUGCAGAGAAUGCAGCAGUAAGUCCUAUGGCUCUUAACGAACAGAUUCCUGCAAGAGAUGUCGGCCAAGCCCAAUCCUUAGUGCAGCAAGACGAUCCUGCGGUACCAAUGGUUGUGGAACCAACAGUUCAAGCCUCUCAGGCGCCACAACUGGCACCGCCACAACUGGCACCGCCACAAGAACUUCAGGGACUUCAGUCCAGCCAAAGCGACAGCAAUGCUUUAAAUAGUACACGAAAUCUACCAGAAGCAUCUAUUGAGCUAGAAAGGCUUCACAAUCCGAAUACUCAGGCCCAAGACUGGGAAAUUCCACCAAACGAUCUGCAGGUGCUGGACAAAAAUUUAGGAGCUGGCCUGUUUGGAGUGGUGAAACAAGGCCUUUAUAAACCUAAAAAUUGCGAUCCAGAAAAUGUUGCUGUCAAAGGGUUGAGAGAAAACGCGUCCAAAUCUGAGUUAUCAAAUCUAUUGGCUGAGAUGGAGGUCUUGAAAGAAGCCAACAAAGAACAACACCCAAAUAUCGUAAGAUUUAUUGGAAGUUGUUUUUUGAAAGAGAGACUCCUUAUGGUAACUGAGUUUUGUCCUGGAGGAAAUCUACGAAAAUUCCUAAUCAAAAGUAGAAUCAGUGAUAACUCAACAGACUCUCACAAUAUUUAUACCAAUAUGCCUUCAAUGUUAAGCGAUCAUCAGUUGUUAAAAAUAGCUGUGGAUGUGGCUUGUGGGAUGGUUCACCUUUCUUCUCAGCAAAUUCUUCAUCGGGAUUUAGCCGCAAGAAAUAUACUCAUUGGUGAACAUAAUGUGGCAAAAAUUUGUGACUUUGGUUUGGCCAGGAACGUCGGAAGUGCCGCAGAAUAUAUGAGAAAUACGCAGAAUCUCUUGCCAGUAAAAUGGAUGUCCGUGGAAAGCUUAUUUUAUGGUAUCUUUACAACUGCUAGCGAUGUAUGGAGCUUUGGUGUUCUUCUCUAUGAAAUUACAACUCUCGGUGAAGAACCAUACAAGAACAUAUUACCACGUGCUGUUAUUACUCACGUGGAAUCAGGAGGUCGAAUGGCAAAACCUCCACAUUGCUCGGAGGAGAUAUAUGAAAUAAUGUCAAAAUGUUGGAAAGCCGAUCCAAGAGAGCGACCUACUUUCCCAGAAAUGUUGCAGGCGUUACGUAGUAUGCUGAAUGAUAAUAAGCAUACGUACAUUAAUGUUACUCAAGUAGAAGAUGGACUGCAGACAGGAGCUCAGCCUGCUGUGAUAGGAUGACUACGAUGCAAUGAAACGGGCGUAUAAAGUUUCAAGAAGUCUUUUG